AAAAUUCAUCUUCAAUAUUCCAUGUAGCAUAAUAUAUAUUAGAAUAAAAUAAUUCCUUGGUAGGGUCAGUAGGUAGAGAAUAAGAAGAAAAAAUAAUUCAGUCAAAGAGAUCACCUUCAUUCCAAAUACAAAGACAGUCAAUAUGUUAUUGUUGAUAAUCAUACAAGAACAUUAAGAACUUUUUUUUCGUACAGGCAUACUGUGCAAUCAGCUCGUUCGCACACGACAUGAAGCGCUUCAGUGUGAUAGAUGUAACAAGUGGCAACAUCGAACAUGUAACAAUGACCCCGAUAUAGAAAGUUAGUAAAAAGCCGGGAAACAUUUGAGUGGACAUGUCAUGGAUGUCAGCCAACACCACCAGCCUCUCCUGCCACCAACACCACCAGCCUCUCCUGUCACCAACACUACCAGCCUCUCCACCGCCAGCUUCAACAGCCUCUCCGCCGCCAGCUGCAACAGCCUCUCCGCCUCCAGUUCCACCAACCUCUCUCGCUGCCGGUUCAACCAGCCUCUCGUUCCAUCGUCUGGAUGGCCGUGCUCCAGAAGUAUUGGCUCCAGUUAUGGAAUAUAUCAUCAGAACAUGGAUUCGUAGCCCCAUAUUUGAAAUCCAUCUAGUAUCCAUGCUGUAUUUGGAAGCAACGGACAUUUGCCUUCAGAUGAAGAUGGUGUCCGAAGUCAAGAUGCAGCGGUACCAACGGAAGAGGACCCGUCAAGUAGAGGGACGUGUUUUUGAAUUGUGGUACCAGUACUGCAACAGGGAUAUUACGGCAAGCCAGCUACUGCAGAGAUGUGCCAACAUCUACGGUCCUUCUGCACAGUGAUGCGCCUACCAGACGUCUUUCUUCCCACAAAAAUUGGACAACCGCAGAAAAUAUACCCGUUAUACAAUAUCUUUGUGGUUUAUGUGGGAUUAAUGUGCUAUAAAUGUGUGAUUAAUGAAUGUUCAUGUGGAAUACAUGUUGCAUGUUGUAUCAAUGUGUUAUUUAUUGCAUGUUGGGUUAAACUAUUAUUUAUAUGGACUGUAUAUGGUGUAUAUAUCUAUUAUCAAUUGUGGAAUACAUGAUGGAUGCACAUAAAAUUAAGCAGAAACUC